AUGGGUCGCGUUCGCACAAAGACUGUCAAGAAGUCCGCCAAGGUCAUCAUUGAGCGGUACUACCCCAAGCUCACUCUCGACUUCGAGACCAACAAGCGUGUCUGCGACGAGAUCGCUAUCAUCGCUUCCAAGCGUCUGCGCAACAAGAUUGCCGGCUACACCACUCACUUGAUGAAGCGUAUCCAGCGAGGACCCGUCCGUGGUAUCUCCUUCAAACUGCAAGAAGAGGAGCGAGAACGCAAGGAUCAAUACGUGCCCGAAGUCUCCGCCCUUGACUUCGUCCAGAACACCGAGGCUGGCCAGCUCGACAUCGAUGUCGAGACCAAGGACCUGCUGAAGCACCUUGGCUUCGACAACGUCCCCGUCAACGUUGUCCCCGUCACCCAGCAGCAGAGCGUUGAGCGACCCCGCAGAUUCGGCGACCGCGCUCCCCGAUAA